AAAAAACAAACAAAACAAACAUAUUACCCUCUUUCUUACGAAUAAUGGUUUGGUGAUUCAUGGUUAAUGCAGUGUAGUAUGUAUAUGAGAGACAGGCAAAGAAGGACAGACAAGUCGUGACAACUUACAUCAUCAUUUGACUGGACUUCAUCCUGCACGCAGUUAUUAAUCAUCAGCUGGCUGUUGCCCGUAAAUUUAGUUAUUUUGGCGCGCGCUUCUCAUCCCAGCUGGACUCUCACGCGCAGUCAGUGGGACGGCUCCAGCCUCCAGUGGCUCCUCGACCCUUCUCUUUGACGUUUUCUUUGUCUCUAACCAACCGGAGAAGACAGGAGGAAACUCAUCCUCGGCAGCAUGCAAGGUUUCAUCGGAAUUUCGCGUCUCUUAUUGGUUCUUCUGUUGCAGCUGGUACCUGCGCAGAUGUUACACCUCCCAGAGCAGAGACAGUCAAACAUGGCUUUUAUGGAGGUGCUGACAAGGAGCAUGUGUCGACCCAUGGAGCAGCUGGUGGAUGUGGAGCACGAGUUCCCAGAAGAUGUGGAGUACAUCUACAUACCUGCUUGUGUCCCACUGUGGCGGUGCUCUGGAUGCUGUGCAGAUGAGAAACUGGAGUGCCGUCCCACCACUAAACGGAACAUCACACUGCAGGUGAUGCGGAUUCUUCCCUUGGUAUCUAUGCAACAUGUGGAACUGACAUUUGUAGAGCAUCAAGAAUGUGACUGCAGACUCAGUCAGAAACCUCAAAAUAACAAAAGCAGCAGCAAGUCUGUCAGGAACAGACCUCGCAGGAGGAAACACGAGAAGCCAGACGUCGGCUGUGGAAAGUGCCAAUUCCCUCAAAACCAGAUAGAUCUUCACUAAAUUUGAAUAAAAUGUCAGUUGGCAGAGAGGACAACAGCCCGUGUGACUGUUCACCCUUCAUCCAAGUUUCUUUCUAUGCUCAUCAAAUCUCAGAUUUUCUGUCUUGUGCAUGCACUUCUUUUUUUUAUUGAUUAUCAAAGAAAAAUGUAAUAUGUGUUUGCAAACACCUUUGGACCCGGCUACUCUUUGGCCCAGACAAAAAAUCAAAUCAGUCUUUUGUAUCUAGCUGUUCAUGUGGUAAGGUUUGGAAAAUAUUAACAGAAUGUGGAACAGACCCAGAAGACUUUAUGUUUUUUUCAGCUUUCGUUCGUAGCAUGAAACUCUGUGAAGACUCAUGAAGCUCUAAACAGAAAGACAACGAACCUUAUAAUCAGUGUGACAUAUAUGUAUGAUUUCAUUUUCAGUGUUUUUGAUAAACACUAAAUGCAAACUGCUAAACAUGACAGAUGGCAAGUUCAUUAAAUAAAAAUGUAUAUGAAA